AUGGCAAAACCCAAGGGAGGGACGGGCUCAGGAAACACCCAACCACCAAAGGGGAAGACUACCAAACCCCCACCACCGAAGCGAUCUACAAGUCGAACCACCUCAGAGGAGACCUCUACUAAGGUCACUGAAGACCCCUUGCUAACUAUUCAGCCCGAGGACAGAGGACGUACUGAAGUCCUACAGCAAGAGGAACAGGAGAUUGCAAGAGUAGCCGCCGAGUCAAAACAACCGAAGAAGCCGGAAGAAAAGGAGCCUAAACUCACGCCUCCUACAAAGAAAUCGAAGAAAGCCCAGACGGGCAAGGCAACUCCAGCGCGAUCCAUUAUCGCACCACCACUUGUUCAAGCCCAACCUCAACCGCAAAUUCCCGAGACCUCCAUGCAGGAGGGAAAACCGCUUCCGAGGAUACGGAAGAAGAAGAAGAACAAGAGAAGGCGGAAGAGGAGGAGGCUGAAGAAGGAGAGGGAGUUGAGGCCAUUCAAGAGGAGGAGGUGGAAGUCCCGACACCACAAGGAGGAGGGGUCAAAAGGAAGCUCGAUGUUGCGAAGCCUCCACUGCCCGUUAAGGCCAGACCAGCACCGGCAGGCAGUAAGACCAGAACUAAAGGCGAAUAGAGCCGGAGAUAGAGGAAACCUACUGUAG